UCUGUACACUUUCCAUUGUGUUUCUCUCGUUGCUUGUUCUGGAAAGCGGAGAAAGCCCGAUCUUCGCUAUUUCUCAAAGUGAACUUCAAAUGAGGGGUGCGCCGGGGCUAACCGGCGUAAUUGCGCAUGGCGGUGAGUGAAGCGGUUCUUCGGCCGCCCGUCGCAUGCGUUGCUGUCGAAAAGGGAAUUCCCCGGCAAGGAGUUUACAGCUUUGGAAGCUAGUGGCAGGGCCACCAUGCCGUCCCUCCACGGCGCGGGCGUCCGCAUGCGCCUGGCGGCAAUGCCCCUCUCCGACGUCGUCACGCCCAAUAUUGAGCUUAGGAAGGGCGGGGUGGCUACGAGGCAAAGCGAUGAGGCGAAGAGGAAGCUCCGAGAGAGCGAGUUCUUGGAUGAGGAGCGUGUGCAGUUUCCCGGCGAUGAGGAGAACUUCGGACUCAAUUGGCUGGGUGAUGCGCCCUUCUUCCAAGUAUUGGUGGGCGAUGAGCUCCGAAAGGCAGGAGAGGGUGAGGAGGAGUCAAGAAGGCGGAGUUUGACGAGGAGCGGUCGCCCAGCGUCGAGAGCAAAUGGUGGAGGUAAAGAGGACAUGCCAGAUGCGCCGUCUGAGGACCGCCGUUCGUCUUUGCGUUCAACGAGAGCGCACCCGCAGAGUCCACCGAUGACAAUAUCGCCCUAUCAGCUGCAGAUACCCUCGACACCCGACCAGUCGAUUCAGGAUGCUGAGCUAGGGCCAAAAGCACUCGUCCUACACGUCAUGCUCACACAGAAGACGUUCUCCGAGAGCUUCGUAGACAGAAAACCGCAGCACCUCAUGAUAGAUGUCUUCUUCAACGGUCAGCUCUCUCACUGCGCGCUCAUCCACCAGAACGAUAUUCGUGCUGGUGCUAAGUCGAUGCAUCAGGUCUUCGCUGGGACUCGUGUUGACUACCUUCUGGAACGGCCAUGGGUGAUCAUACCGGCUGGUAUGAACGUUGAUGGUAGCCUGAGGGGCACGAAAAGGACGAUCGGUGCUCAAGAGCGGUGGCAGCAGAUCUGCCGAGAGCUGCUGAAAGAGGCGGACGCGAGGGGUGUCGACAAGAACGGCGAGAGACCGCCAAGCGCCCAUUUUCUAAAGGAGCUAUCGGCCAUGGCGAUGCCGGAGCGAGUCAAGGAUAUGCAGAAGCCCGGCGGUAGGAAGUUCGGCGUGGUGGACGUAGUUAUUACGGUCGGGGCGGGGAAGAAGGUUACGAAUGGGACGAGCUACUGCCUGAAACCGAUGCGAUUAGUAGAUGCGCGGUACUCGUACGAGGCCGUCCAAGACUUGGAGAAUCGUGAAGACGAGGUUAGCAAUGGACAAGACGAGGGAGCGCGGGAUGAAGCACCAGAGAAGGAGCGAAUGGGCCUUGGAGACCAGGGAGAGCAAGUUGACUCCGAGGAAGGCGCGAUAGGGCUUGACGAACAGGAAGAGCUUCCCGCGGAUCAGGAUGCCGAAGGGGACUCGGAUCCUGAGUAUCUGCCUGAAUCGCCUGUAGAAUUGGCGCCUGUGCAGACUGGACGACGACCAUCCGCCCCUCUGCUGCCUCCAGCACCGCUGCCUCCGGCGUUCCAGAACCCUUUCACAGGAGGGCGCAUACCAUCGCUACCACCACCCACGUCUUCGGCUCCAUCUUCGAGCCUCGCUAUCCAAACUGAUGGCCGAAGCCUAGUGGAGCCUGGCAAGGGGAGAUCCUCUGAAUUUGCGGCAUUUGGAAAUGAACAUCAUGGUGACCUUCAUCGGGGCAUGCAAGCGCGCAGUGCGAGGCAACCCUACCCCUCUGCCCAUGCUCCGCCGACAGCCCCAAGAAACUCCUACUCCUAUCCCACUACUGGUUCACAGUUCGGUGUCAAUCAGUAUGGUGGCUAUAUGGCCAACCCAUAUGAGAUGCCAUACGCCGACAUGAUGGUCGGUCUGGACCCAAUGAGCACCCCAGGCUUGCCUAAGCUCGACGUGCCAGCGGCAGGCCCACUUCGGCAUGAGUCUCUUAGCCAGCUCACUUUGCCGCCGUUCAGCUCUCCUUUCUCCGAGCCAAUGCAUGGCGGUCAAUCGGGCAGUCUGUCCUUGCCGUCCAGUCCCUUCCCAAUUCCGAGUCUACCGCCAAACCAGUCGCGGCGGGUGUCUUUUGGCCCAGCGAAUAUUGCGUCCUUUAACCCAGACGCACCUCCAAUGAGCACUCCUCCCAGCUUUCUCAUGUCUACUCAAGGACCUUUUAACCUUCCAGGAAGCGCAAUGGGUAGCCCACCGCUCUUGUCCCGUAGCAUGGGUCCUGUAGGGCCGCGGCCUGCCCUUGGCGGUCCGUUUAUGCGCCCAGUAAAGCGACCUUCGGCAGGUGCUCCACCGCCAAUCGGCUUCUUUGCCGCUACAACGAAACCGAAGUCUGCUUUGCCGAAAGACCUUGGGCUCAUUGAUCCAGAGCAGCCUCGCUCUAGCAUCCUGCUCAGUUAUCUUACGAUCACUGGGAAGGGCGGGGUGCCUGUUGUCGAUCAUCGGUGGGAGAUACCGCAGCGUAUUCCACUCAAGCGUAAAAGGAGCACCUCGCCCACUAAGGCCCGGCAGAGGUCACCUGGCUCGGCGGAGUGUGUGGAGCCUUCUUCUGACGCUCCACGCCGGAAGAAGAUUGCGCGCCACCUGACGACACCACCUCCUACGUCACCCAGUAAGCGCGUUAAUCCGGACUUGACAAUGAGCGUGGAUAAGAUGAAGCGGGAUUCCGUGCACGAUGGAGUGCUCGUGCAGGCUGCACCUGUGCCCCAUUCUGUCGGAUCUGCUUUGGCUCACAACCCUCCAGUUCAGGGCGUCGAAAACGUUGUGGAUUCGGGAGCGAAAACUGGUCGAACUACUAAACGAUCUGCUGCCGCUGCCCUUCCGGUUAAGCCAGGAGUAGGGCGGCCCUACACAACCUCUAGCGGCAUCCUCGGGGUGCAGGGACCGAAAGCGAAUACGUUCGUUUUUGACGACCCGGAAGAGCUGCUGAGAAAAACGUCUAAGUCGAAGUCUGUCUCGCCUACGAAGGCCAGCGCUGUUUCAGAUCAGCCAACGGAGAGCCGGACUAAGGAUCUAGAGGCCAAGCCCGUCGAGCAACUUGUCGGAAGCAGACCGCUUGACAAGGGGUCUUCAUCUCCACUCUCGAGUGUGCUCUCAAGCCUGCUUGAUUCACCCGAAAUGCCAACACUGGGGAUACCAUGCAGUACAGAAGAGAUCAGAAUCUUGUCACUGCCCCCAACCUCGCAGCCAGACCCGCUUCCGCUAAACCAACCUUCGCCUGCGGCCACGGCACCGGCACCGGCACCGGCCUCCGCGCCAGCGACAUCCGCAUCGCGGCCACCACCAUCCUCCACGACCAUGCCGACUACUCCGGUUACCCGAACUUCGCUGCGGAAGCGCGCUUCUGUACAAACUCCCCGUAUCUGCGCUCCACGCAACCCCGACCGCCUCAGAACUACGGAUAAUCCCCCGCUCAACCAAGACUGCGUUAUAGCGUAUGCGGUGACAAAGGGGGAGAAGGGCGUGCUGAGGCAGGUUAAGGGCGAGAGGCAGGGCGUGUUUUCAGAGGAGAGUGUUGUUGUAGCGUGCAGGUUCUUCGUGCCUGGAUAGGGGGAGAGGGUGCGUGACAUUGGGAUAAUGAUCUA